CGUCGCCAUCCAGCGUAGUAGAGGAGAAAUAGCGGACGGGUUUUUUCAGUGAUGUGUUUCUAGUCAGCUGGACCUCGUGGACAGAAAAUGUUCAUUUUAUUUUUAUUUUAACAGCAUUUCGGUUGUUCUUGGAAAAGCCGCAGAGUGAUAUUUGUGCUCGAAGAACUCGGUUCGAGAAAGAGGGAGGCGUGAAGGGAAAACUUUUUUGUGCCAAGGUGAAGAAACCGAGGUUUGUUGUUGUGAACGCGUCCGUGUAAAGGCAAAAGUUGGGGAUGUCUCUCUCGGUACCUCAGAAUGGUGUAAAGGGGGAUAACGAACCCGUCAUCGAGCUUUUUGUGAAGGCGGGCAGUGAUGGAGAGAGUAUUGGCAACUGUCCAUUUUCUCAGCGUCUCUUCAUGAUCCUGUGGCUGAAGGGAGUGGUCUUCAAUGUCACCACUGUGGAUCUUAAGAGAAAACCUGCUGAUCUGCAGAAUCUGGCCCCAGGAACGCACCCUCCCUUUAUCACCUUUAAUGGAGAGGUCAAGACCGAUGUCAACAAGAUUGAAGAGUUCCUAGAGGAUGUACUCUGCCCUCCAAAGUACUCUAAACUUAGUGCCAGACACCCAGAAUCCAACACUGCAGGGAUGGAUAUAUUUGCCAAGUUCUCUGCCUUCAUUAAGAAUUCCAAACCUGAUGCCAACGAGGGUUUGGAGAGGGGACUGCUGAAGACCUUGCAGAAGUUGGAUGAGUACCUGUGCUCUCCUCUGCCAGAUGAGAUCGACCACAACAGUAUGGAGGAAGUGAAGGCCUCCACACGCAGUUUCCUAGAUGGUGAAGAGAUGACCCUGGCUGACUGCAACCUGCUGCCCAAACUCCACAUUGUUAAGGUAGUGGCAAAGAAGUACAGAGGCUUUGAGAUCCCUAAAGACAUGACAGGCGUCUGGAGAUACCUGAACAAUGCCUACAAGCGUGAGGAGUUCACCAACACGUGUGCCAGUGACAAGGAGAUUGAGAUCGCCUACGCUGAUGUAGCAAAGCGGCUUGUCAAAUAAUGGCUCAAAAUCUCCUCCGCUCCCUGCGCUGGGACUGUUUAUUUUCAUCACACGAGAAAGAAAAAAAAAAAACAAGAUAUGGACUCCUUUUUUUUCCUUCUCUUUUAUUUUGAUUAAAUACCCCAAUGCAUGACCCCCCCCCCCACCCCGAUUCCAGCUCUUCAGGACAUUCAGUCAUUUUCAGUGUGGCCGAAAGGCUGUUUUCACACUUUUUUUGUUCAUUUUUUUUCAUUCUUUUUAAAGCAGGAGGUGCCAGACACUGUCAGUGUAUCGAUGGCUAAUAGUGUGUGAGCAUGUGACUCACGCAUCUAUAUUCCUCUCACCCACACUAUGUAGCAAUAAGAGUGGGUUCACCAGCUUUUUGUUUUAUUAUGGAUUUAAAAUAUGAAAGAUGCUUUUUCUAAGCUUGCAAAGCCAACAGCUAUGAAAGUUUUUUUUUGUUUUGUUAUUGUUGUAUCUAUCUAAAUGCAUUUGAACAGUGUUGAAAGCUCCAGUGUUUAUUUUCAGUGAGUUUUAGAGAGUGAAGCACUUUGAACACACAACGUCUCAAAAGACCCUUUAUUGAAGUUUGAAAUGAAGUGUAUAUUGACUUGCAUUGAUAUCAGAAGGCUGACACUUAAAUAUGAAGUUCAUAUCAUACACAAUGGUCAUCAGUUGUUUGCAAAAAUGGCACCUUACAUAUCGUGUCAAUUUGCAACACCUGUGUGGCCUUUUGAUGAAGGAAAGACUUCUUUAAAAGAAACUUUAGAUACUAUAGAUCUGCCUUAUUCACUCUAGAUUCAUUAUUUUACAUCAAGAGUGCUGCACCAUCAUAACUGCGUUCCAUGGCAUGAAUCACCUGUGUAUAGAACUACAUCACCUGCACAUCACAUGAAGUUUCCUUAACAAUUUGAAUAGUAACAAAAUGGGAUUUUCUAUCUUUCUUUCUUUUUAAAUAAAUGGUUUAAAUGGACAAA